AUGGAAAACAGAGUUCAUAUUUUUGACACAACCCUGAGAGACGGAGAACAAGUGCCCGGAUGCAAACUCAAUACCCCAGAAAAAAUACUUAUCGCGGAGCGUUUAGAUAUUUUAGGGGUAGAUGUUAUUGAAGCGGGUUUUCCUAUUUCAAGUCCUGGGGAUUUUGACUCGGUAAAAAAAAUUGCAGCUAUAGUAAAAAAUGCAAGUGUUUGUGGUCUGACAAGGGCUGUCAAAAAAGAUAUUGAGGUAGCAGCGGAUUCGCUUAAAAAAGCAAAAAGACCGCGUAUUCAUACAGGUAUCGGAACAUCAGAAUCACAUAUUAAAUAUAAAUUUAAUGCAAAUAAAGAUACGAUUAUUGAACGUGCA